GAGAGGAAAGGCUUUGGGAGCACACGGUUGAUGUAAACAGAGGCAGGCGUUCUGCCUUUAAAGCACCGAGGCUGGCUUGUUGUUUUGCAAAUCGCACUGGAGAACCGAAGGGAUUUUUGAUGAUGAUCAGCACGCUCCUAGGUCCAUCUUUGCUCGCUGGCUCGCUUGCAGCCUGCCAGAAGCAAGUGGACAUGUUCUGCGUCUGACUGAGCUUGAGUAAGACCAGAAAGGAAGAGAAUUUCUUGACAUCAAAGGCAACCAUCGCGUUUCAGCCGGGGAAACUUUCUGACGGUGGUGGAAGAGAGAGAGGAUGCUUGCCGGGUUUGUGGACUGCGAGCUGGGUGGAUGUUUAUCCGGAGGGAAGCGUGCGCGGUGCUGUUAGCAGGAGACGCUCCGAGGCGCCGGGAGGAGUUUGUUCCGUGGCAGCGGAGCUCUCGGAGAAAAUGAGUUUCGGGGUGAGCUGCUGAAUCAGAGGUGGAUCUGUGGAGAGAAGAUCAGCAGCUGCGAGGGAGCCGCCAGCCUGCACGGCUCGCACAUCAAGAUGAGUUUAGAACAUGAUGACAAGAGAGCACGCACCCGAUCCAAGUCUGUCAGAGUGCCCACGGAGCUCAUCGGCCAGGAGGUGAGCUGUCCAACCCCAGGCUGUAACGGCUCAGGACACAUCCGUGGGAAGUACGCAAGACACAGAAGUUUACAAAGCUGCCCUCUGGCAAAGAAGAGGAAGCUCCAGGAUGCAGAGGCUGAACAUCUGGUGUCAAAGAGAAAAUCCCAUCCACUCAAGCUGGCCCUGGAUGAAGGCUACAACGUUGACAGCGAUGGCAGCGAGGAAGCUGAGGCCAAGGAGGAGUCUGGCUCCGAGGAGUCCGAGGGGACGCUGGAGGAGGAUGAGGCAGAGGCGGCGGAGCAGGAGGAGACCCACAGCCCCGAGCUGCCUGAAGAGAGAAACCCAGGAAAAGCAGCCCACUAUGGACAAAGCACAGCCGCAAACCCGCCUGGGCCCAGCAAGCCCAACUAUAGCAGCUACCAGGAAAUAAUCGCCACCUCUCUCCUCAACCUAGGCCAGAUAGCGGAGGAGACCCUGGCCAUCGAAGGGCAGCUGCCCGAGGAGGAGCUGCAGGACUCCAAGCCACCGUCCAACGUCGUGCACUUGGUCCACGAGGACGCGGGAGAGGAGCUGGCGGAGGAGGAGUGCGACAAGGAGAUCAUCAUCCAGACGGAGGACGCGGAGGAGGUCAUCGAGGUCACCAGCGAGCGCAGCAGUGAGUUGUGCCCGGAGCACCGCGACGAUGCCAACUGCGAGGAGGCGUGCAAGCUGCAGAAGGCUGAGGCUGAAGAGGAGGAGGAGGAGGAGGAGGAGGAGGAGGAGGAGGAGGAUGAUGAUGAGGAGGAGGAGGAAGAAGAAGAGGAGGAGGAGGAAGAGGACGAAGAGGAGGAGGAUGAAGAGGAGGAGGAGAUGGCUCCCGAGGUGAUCUGCGAGGAAGCUCCUCACACUUCUCAGGACCCCCAGAAAAGCCACUGUGAAGGGCAGUUCAGCCCCAAGGCCGAGUACUCGGUCAUCGUGGAGGUGAGGUCGGACGACGACAAGGACGACGAUGCCCGCUCCCAGAAGUCGGCCGUGACCGACGAGUCGGAGAUGUACGACAUGAUGACGAGGGGCAACCUGGGGCUGCUGGAGCAAGCCAUUGCCCUGAAAGCUGAGCAGGUGAAGAUCGUGCGGGAGCCCGGCAGGCUGCCAGGAGAGCAUGUGAAGCACUUCCAGGUGGAUGAGAAACAGAACAAACCCGUGGACAGCAUCCGCAAGAGCUACUACGGCAAAGAUCCCUCAAGACCCGAGAAGAGAGAAAUCAAAUGCCCAACUCCUGGCUGUGAUGGCACCGGGCACGUGACAGGACUCUACCCCCACCACCGCAGCCUCUCCGGUUGUCCGCACAAAGACAGGAUCCCUCCCGAGAUCCUGGCGAUGCACGAGAACGUGUUGAAAUGCCCCACGCCCGGCUGCACAGGACAGGGUCACGUCAACAGCAACCGCAACACGCACAGGAGUUUAUCUGGGUGCCCCAUUGCUGCUGCUGAAAAGUUAGCCAAAUCACAUGAAAAGCAACAAACCCAGUCUGGUGAUCCUUCAAAGACCAGCUCCAAUUCUGACCGAAUACUCAGGCCUAUGUGCUUUGUGAAGCAACUGGAGAUCCCUCAGUAUGGAAGCUACCGGCCCAACAUGGUCCCAGCAACCCCCCGGGCCAACCUGGCCAAGGAGCUGGAGAAGUACUCCAAGGUCACCUUCGAUUAUGCAAGUUUUGAUGCUCAGGUUUUUGGCAAACGCAUGCUUGCCCCAAAGAUUCAGACUAGCGAAACCUCACCUAAAGCCUUUAAAUCCAAACCUUUUCCAAAGGCCUCUUCCCCCAGCCACAGCCCCUCCAGCAGUUACGUGAAGAGCACUUCAUCUUCCUCCACAGGCUUCGACUACUCUCAUGACGCCGAGGCUGCGCACAUGGCUGCCACUGCCAUCCUCAACCUCUCCACCCGCUGCUGGGAGAUGCCAGAGAAUCUCAGCACCAAGCAGCAGGAGGCCCCUGGCAAGUCCAUGGACAUUGAAGUGGAUGAGAAUGGGACUCUGGACUUGAGUAUGAACAAGCACCGCAAGCGGGAGAACACUUUCCCUAGCAGCAGCAGCUGCAGCAGCAGUCCCAGCAUGAAGUCCCCAGAUGUAUCCCAGCGCCAAAACAGCACCAGUGCCACGAGCAGCACCAUGACCUCCCCCCAGUCCAGCCAGACCUCUCGGCAGGAUGAAUGGGAUGGGCCCAUUGAUUACACUAAACCAAACCGGCAGCGGGAAGAGGAGCCAGAAGAGUCAGAGCCUGCUGCCCACUCUUUUGCCUCCUCGGAAGCUGAUGAGCAGGAAGUGCCAGAGGAGAACUUUGAAGAACGAAAGUACCCAGGGGAAGUUACUUUAACCAACUUCAAGCUUAAAUUCCUCUCCAAGGACAUCAAGAAGGAGCUGCUCACUUGCCCAACCCCAGGCUGUGAUGGCAGCGGACACAUCACGGGAAACUACGCCUCUCACCGCAGCCUUUCUGGUUGUCCUCUUGCUGACAAGAGCCUCAGAAACCUCAUGGCUGCCCACUCUGCUGACCUCAAGUGCCCUACUCCUGGUUGUGAUGGCUCAGGUCACAUCACAGGGAAUUAUGCAUCGCAUAGAAGUCUGUCAGGCUGCCCACGGGCCAAGAAAAGUGGGAUCAAGAUCACCCCGACAAAGGAUGAUAAAGAAGACCCAGAGCUGAUGAAGUGUCCAGUCCCUGGCUGCGUCGGGCUCGGGCACAUCAGCGGCAAAUACGCCUCUCACCGGAGCGCCUCGGGGUGUCCCCUGGCAGCCCGAAGGCAGAAGGAAGGAUCCCUCAAUGGCUCUUCCUUCUCCUGGAAGUCACUGAAGAAUGAAGGUCCCACCUGCCCAACCCCAGGCUGUGAUGGCUCUGGGCAUGCCAAUGGGAGCUUCCUCACUCACAGAAGUUUGUCAGGGUGUCCAAGAGCUACUUUUGCUGGGAAGAAAGGAAAACUCUCAGGGGAUGAAAUUCUCAACACCAAGUUCAAGACCAGCGAUGUUCUGGAGAACGAUGAAGAGAUCAAGCAGCUGAACAAGGAGAUCAGUGAGCUGAACGAGUCCAACUCGGAGAUGGAAGCAGCCAUGGUGAAACUGCAGUCACAGAUCUCCACUAUGGAGAAGAACCUGAAGAACAUUGAGGAGGAAAACAAAAUGAUCGAGGAGCAAAACGAAGCCCUGUUCCUGGAGCUCUCAGGGUUGAGCCAGGCUCUGAUCCAAAGUCUUGCCAAUAUUCGCCUUCCACACAUGGAGCCAAUCAGUGAGCAGAACUUCGAUGCAUACGUGAACACGCUGACUGACAUGUACACCAACCAGGAGUGCUACCAGAACCCAGACAACAAGGACCUGCUGGAGAGCAUCAAGCAAGCCGUCAAGGGCAUCCAAGUUUAGUGCCAGGGGAUGGAGAGGAGCAAGCGAAUGGAGACUGUAAGAUGGAACUUUCCCUCCAAGUAUUCAGGUUUACAAGUCAGAAAACUUGUGUCAUGAAUGGGAAAAAAAAAAAAGAAGAAGAAAAUAAAAGAGAGAGGAAAACAAAAAAGGACCAAAACAUAACCAAGAGGCCAUUUCCGAGAGGUGGACCUGAGCGAACUCAGUGUUUUGGUUUACUUCACUUUGGACCUUCUUGAGGAAAAGGGAGAUUUGGUUUUAUUUCCUACCUGGACCAUGAGGUAGAUGAAGAUGGAAGGUUCAAUUCCCCAGUAGGCUGUAGGGCUUGGUUAGCUGGUGAAGAGCAGGCAGCUCUCCCGAGUUGCCCUCCUCUGGCAGCGUUGAGCCAAGGCUUUAAACUGUCACAAGAACAGUUGGGUCUGGUCUGACCCAAGACUAACGUGGCACUGGCUUAAAACCCUCCUGUCACCUGCAGUCGUACGUCCAGGUCACCUACUCACACACGUUCUGCGUUGCUACAAGUGCUGGAGCUGCAAGCUACCUGUAAAUCUGAAGCCAGGCUGGGCCUCCCAACCCCGAGGUGUUCAGAUAUCCACUGGGCAUGGGAACUCUGAAGUGUUAUAAAGUAGCUUAUUUUUAUUUGCUGCAAAGAAACCCGGAGGCAGGUCCUGGAUCUCCAGUGGAAAGCGCAAUGGAUUGAAAAAAAAAAACCAAGGUUCUCAGGGAAGCUUUUGGAGUUUGCAACUACAGUAUUCCUUUGUCUGUCUUAAAUAUGAGAAUAGCUAUAAUGAAUAGGCCAAUGCCAGAUGUUUCAUACAGAUGAAUCCUUUUAACGUGUCAUGGUCCAGUGUAUAUGAUUUUUUGGGAGUCUAUUUGCUGACCGUUCUGGUUCUUUUUCAGUCUUGGGCUCGUCUUUACGGUGGCCAGUCCAGAGGUCAUACAUCAGUGAAGAUCAUACCAGAGAAGGAUUGAGAUGGUGAUGAACAAAGAAUGAAAAAAACAACAGAACAGCCACAAAAGAAGCAAAAAAAAAACCCCAAACCAAACCCCCAAACCACCUCAAAACGCAACAGAAAGAGAGAUGUUAUUGGCCAGUUCCUACCCAGCAGCUACCCGAGGGCAAUGGGGAUGCUUUGGGUUUGGGGUUGUACAUCUUGAGGUGAAAUCAUGGUGCAAGGAGCAUUCUGCAACCCACAAAGAGAAAUGACACAAAAAAAA